ACCAGAAACUAGCAUUCUGGUUUUUCCAGAGCCAAGGGUGUUUGAUAAGCUAAGCAGAUUGAUAUCUCCGUUUUUUACAAGCAAUUUCUCGACACAUCUGCCCUUGUUCUUUCCUGAGUUGAAGCAUAUCAAACAAUUUUGUAAUUUCAUGUUAGAUUCCAUGCAAGAUUUGGAUGACAAUUUGAAGGUGGCUGUGAUCGGAUUGAAGUUGUAGCCAGAGGGAAGGAAAAUGAUGAGUUGCUUCCAAUGUUGCAUGUCAGAAGAGAAAUCCGCCAGGAAGUCAUUAAAGAAGAGCAUCAAGGAAUACCAUGACACCAAAACUUUAGCUUCAUUUGCUAACAUCUCCUUCAAAACUGAUAGCAGCAGGAGGAAGUACAUAGCUGAAGAGAUAGCAAAGGUUGGCAAAGGAAAUAUUUCUGCUCAGAUUUUUACUUUCCGGGAACUAAGCGUUGCAACUAAAAACUUCCAUCCAGACAAUUUGCUAGGCGAAGGGGGUUUUGGGAGAGUUUACGAAGGGAAACUUGAAGACACAGACCGAGUUGUUGCUGUUAAGCAACUAGACAGGAAUGGGUUCCAAGGAAAUAGAGAAUUUCUUGUAGAAGUUUUGAUAUUGAGUCUUCUUCACCAUCCCCACCUUGUCAAUUUGGUUGGAUAUUGCGCCGAUGGUGAUCAGAGGAUUUUGGUGUACGAGUACAUGGCGAAUGGGUCCCUAGAGGACCAUCUUCUUGAUUUACGUCCGGGAAAAAAGCCCUUGGAUUGGGAUACAAGGAUGAAAAUUGCAGCAGGGGCAGCAAAAGGACUUGAAUACUUACAUGAACAAGCCAACCCCCCUGUGAUAUACCGCGAUUUCAAAGCUUCCAACAUUUUAUUGGAUGAGAACUUCAGUCCAAAGCUCUCUGAUUUUGGUCUGGCAAAGUUAGGCCCAACUGGGGAUAAGACUCAUGUAUCCACCAGGGUGAUGGGGACUUAUGGCUACUGUGCACCUGAAUAUGCACUGACAGGGCAGUUGACAACAAAAUCCGACAUUUACAGCUUUGGAGUUGUGUUUUUGGAGAUAAUCACAGGAAGAAGAGUUAUAGACAACAACAGACCAACGGAGGAGCAGAACUUAGUUACUUGGGCACAACCAUUAUUUAAAGACAGAAGGAAGUUUACAUUAAUGGCUGAUCCAUUGCUAGAAGACAAGUACCCUAUGAAGGGUCUUUACCAAGCUCUUGCUGUUGCAGCAAUGUGUCUCCAAGAGGAAGCUGCUACUAGACCUCUGAUCAGUGACGUUGUAACGGCGCUAGAGUAUUUAACCGUAGACAGCAUUGCUGAAACUGGUGAAAAUAAUGGUGAUGGAAAUGUUGAGAGUACUGAUGAUGGUGCUUUUGAGGUUGAGGAGGGUACACAACCAGACAGUACAAGGAGCCUAUGAGUGAAUGUUUCAUGAACUCUAUAUGAUCAUGUUGUCAGGACCAAAAAAUGAAAGAAAAGUUUGAUCAUCUUGUAGCUAGCUAGGCUGCUCUGUAAAAACAAACCCCAUGCCAUUGCCAUUGUUUUAAAAAAAAAUCACUUCUUUUGUCCA